UCACUUUCGUUGGAAAGGAAAAAGAAAAAUAAAUAAAUAAAUAAAUAAUGUGGGGCCCACUCUCAUAUACACUUUAAAUUGGCAGAUGAAGGCCGCAAAGUAUGCUUACUUACAUAACCACUCCCCCUCACGCGCUCUGCUCUGCUUCCCUCUCCGUGUAAACAAUCCCUGCACCGCCACAAUACAUUGUCACAAUUCUCUCUCAGACAUUUUCACAAACACUUUAAAAGCGUCCACCACCACCGCCGCCGCCGCCAUGGCCAGACCGCAGCAACGCUACCGCGGCGUACGCCAGCGCCACUGGGGUUCUUGGGUCUCCGAAAUUCGCCACCCUUUGCUAAAGACGAGAAUAUGGCUGGGCACAUUCGAGACGGCGGAGGACGCGGCGACGGCGUACGACGAGGCGGCGAGGAUCAUGUGCGGGCCACGCGCCAGGACGAACUUCACCUACAACCCGCACGAGCCCCAGUCGCCGUCGGCGAGGCUUCUGUCGGCCACGCUCAUGGCCAAGCUGCAGAAGUGCCACGUGGCGUCCCUGAAAAUGGCGGCCGCCAAGAAACAACCACCCCCCGUUGCCUUCUCCUCGACGACGAACGGACACCAUCAACCCGCCCCACCGAGUUUCGAUCAAAACGGCGCGAACAACAACAAUAUUAACUACAACGUCAUGAUGAACACCGGCGAUCAUCGGAAUAAUAUUAAUAUCGUCGCCGGAGAGAAGUACAACGGAUCGGUCGAAGAAGACGACGAACACAUUGAGCAGAUGAUUCAAGAGUUGCUCGAUUAUGGUUCCGUUGAGCUCUGUUCUUCUUUCAUGGAUAAUAAUUGAUCAUUUUUUACCACUAUCUCUGUUUUUUUUUUUAAUUUAAUUUUAAUUCCACAAAUUCUUCAUGUUUCUGACGAAUAUUUGUUACGAACAACGUUGGUGUGCCGAUGAUUCUGUAAGUAGCUGGCCCGGCCCGAACAGAGUUGUGGGAGUUUAAUUUGUCAUCAAUUAAUUAUUCCAUGCUUUAA